AUGACGCCACCCCACCAGGAAGAGCGAGAGGAUCAGGUCCUCUACAGACAGAGGCGGGCAACCUCAGGUUUGAAUUCACAGGCCCUGGUCCUCACGGCGGAAUUCAGCCACCCCACCAUCUGCAAUGACAUAAGCAAUCCAGGAGGUUCCUUGAGUGGAUGGAUGAUAAAUUCCUCCUCCACAGAGGAGCCAACAAAGGGAGGUGCUGUGCUGGACCUCAUUGUACUCACCACCAAGCUGGGGCUCGUUGGGCAUGUGAAGAUCCAAGGCAGCUCUGGCUGCGGUGACCAUGAGAUGGUGGAGUUCGGGAUCCUGAGGGCAGGAAGGAGGAUGGAAAGCAAGCUCACAAUCCCGGACUUCAGGAGAGCAGACUGUGGCCUCUUCAGAGAUCUGCUUGGAAGAGUGAGGGGAGAUCAGCAGAUACUGAACUUCAGGAUGGCCUUUGACGCUGUCCAAAGGAUCAUCAUAAACCAGCUGUCGGUCGAUGGGCUGGAUGAGCAUGCAAAAAGAAAGAAAUUCAUCAGCGGGGAAUUGCUGUGGAGAGGACUAGGAAAUGGACCGUCCCUUCAAAGCUCAGUACGCAUCCAGGACAGCCUCCUCUGCGGAGGAAGAAGCCACCGUGCGCUCCCUGCACGCUUCCCAGCGCCACGAGCCGGCUCCCAGACAGAGCUGGCACUGAAGUCUUUGGGAAAUGAGGGGCUGUUUCUCUUUUCUUCUCUGGACACAAACAAUGAUCUGUACCUCAGUCCAGAAGAGUUCAAGCCGAUAGCUGAGAAGCUGACAGGGGUUGCUCCCAUCUCAGAUUUUGAAGAGGAGGAGAUGCCUGAUCCAGGCGGGGAGACGUUGUCCCUUGUGGCUAAAUUCCAGCCUCUGGUCAUGGAAACAAUGACGAAGAGCAAAGAUGGUUUCUUGGGAAUUUCUCACGUUGCUCUCUCUGGGCUGAGGAACUGGACUGCCCCAGCAACCCCUAUGAGCGUGAUGCUUGCCAAGCAGUUUAAAGCAUUUCUUCCUCCAAAGAAUAAACUGGAUCUUGGGGACCCAUGGUGGAUAAUUCCUAGUGAAUUGAACAUCUUCACUGGGUAUCUUUCCAAUAACAGAUUUUACCCUCCACCUCCCAAGGGCAAAGAGAUCAUAAUCCACAGGCUUUUGAGCAUGUUCCACCCGCGCCCCUUCGUAAAAACCCGCUUUGCUCCCCAGGGAGCUGUGGCCUGCAUCCAAGCCAUCAGCACCUUCUACUACACCAUAGCAUUCAGGAUCCACGCUGAGUUCCAGCUGAACGAGCCACCAGACUUCCCCUUCUGGUUUUCCCCAGGCCAGUUCACAGGUCACAUCAUCCUCUCCAAGGAUUCUUCCCAUGUCCGAGAGUUCAAGCUCUUUGUCCCUAACAACAGGUCUCUGAACGUGGAUAUGGAGUGGCUGUAUGGAGCGAGUGAAAGCAGCAACAUGGAAGUGGACAUCGGUUACCUGCCUCAGAUGGAGCUGGAAUCAACAGGACCUUCAAUCCCCUCUGUGAUCCAUGACGAGAACGGAAAUGUGAUUGACAGCAGGGAUCCCUCAGGGGAGCCCAUUCACUUUGUGUUUGAAGAGAUAACCUGGCAGCAGGAAAUCCCCUGGGAAGAGGCAGCCCAGAAGCUGGAAGUGGCCAUGUAUCCAUUUAAGAAGGUCUCCUAUCUUCCCUUCACACAAGCCUUUGAGAGAGCAAAAGCAGAAAAGAAGCUGGUGCACUCCAUCCUGCUGUGGGGCGCCCUGGACGACCAGUCCUGCUGAGGUUCAGGGCGAACUCUCCGGGAGACGGUCCUGGAAAGUUCGCCCAUCCUCGCUCUGCUGAACGAGAGCUUCAUUAGCAGCUGGUCACUGGUGAAGGAGCUGGAAGAGCUGCAGACCAACAGAGAGAAUGAGUUCUACAGCAAGCUGGCUGACCUGCAUCUGGAGAAAUACAACUUCCCCGUGGAGAUGAUCAUCUGCCUCCCCAACGGCACGGUGAUUCACCAUAUCAAUGCCAACUACUUCCUGGACAUUACUUCUAUGAAGCCUGAAGAUGUUGAAAGUAGCAUCUUUAGUUUCUCAACUAAUUUUGAAGACCCUUCAACUGCAACUUACCUCCAGUUCCUGAAGGAAGGACUGCAGAGAGCAAAACCAUACCUGCAGACCUAAAAACAAAGGCACCUGAAUGCCCCACAGAGAUGGCCAAAGACUUCAGAGAUCUAUUUUGAUUACAGCAAUUCCUCAUCUUCAUGCCAGAUGUUGAUGUUACGAUGCAGACAGUCCCAGGACUGGGGCUUUGCUCUGGAUGUUGGUUGCAAGUGAUACCAGUGUACACAACCUGCCCUUCUGACUUCAGGCACAUUUUUACAGGAGUGAAAAUACUUGAAUCUAUAAACAUUCCUGGUGCGUACGCCUUGGUUUGCCGCUCAGCCUCAUGUUUUUCCAGCUCCUGUUCAGACUCUGUGGCCAAACUCAUGUAACAGCUAUGCCGAGCGUCACUCAGAAACCCCUGAUCUCAAGGACUGGACUGUGUCGAAUCACGGAGAACAGCAUUGCCAUUACGACCAAACACUCGUGGUGAGCGCCUGUGCCCUGUGGGUGAAGGCGCAGAAUCCAGCACCGGUGGGAAGCUCCCUCCUGGUAGCCGGUGUCCUCCCCCACACCACCUCGGUGUCCUCCUCCACCUGGGGGCUUGGAUACCAGCUCUUCACAACUGUUAGCGACAGCAGUGGCAGCCAGCGCGCAAUGGGACUGUAGCUGGUAACACGUAGGGAUGAGCGGAGGAGGUUCGGAGUGGAGGCUUGGGCUCUGGCGUGGCUCAGGCUGUGUGAGGCGGUGCGAGAGCCUGCUCACUCACUCAGGUUUCUGCAUCUGAGGGAGAUGCUGAGGCUGAAACUAGGAAUGGAAACCAGGGCGUUAGAGGGCUGGUGCAGCUCAGAGAUAUCAGGUGUGGAUUAACGGGGGGGGGGGGGGGGCGGGGAUUAGAGGCCAGAGCCCCUGUUAGCUCCACCAGCCCCUGUUAGCUCCACCAGCGCAGCAUGUGCGCUCCAAAGCUACAGGACACUAGUGCAUGGUGCCCCUGCCCCGUCAGCACAGGGCUGCUCACCCUGCUGGCUCUGAGCUUCUCCCAGUGCCUCCUCGGGGCUGGUGAAAUGCUCUGUCCCUGUUUGCUUUGCACUCCUGAGUCACACUGAAUGAUGAGCCAUGCUGGAGUUCCCUUCAGGAAUGGGAGGUUCAGCAAUGCCCCACCAGCAUUAACUGGUUGAGAACUGAGUGGUUUUAAACACCAGCGGCACUAAAGACAUUUUCAGGAGCUAUUUCCAGAGAAAUUGUUCGGACAGAAUGCCAUUGUCCCUUAUCUGGAACCACCCUGAGCAGUUGCUCCGACUCUGAACCAACGCCUGGCUACAGAGGGAGCAUCAUUAGGGGAAGGAAGGGUUAAAUGAAACGGAUUUUAGAGCCUAUUCCUGUAGAUAGGUGAGGAGACAAAGCAUCUUUGGUACAUGGCUGCAAGCAGCCAUUGCUGCUGAUGCUUUUUCUUUUCUCUAAAGCACAAUUUUGUUGGACCAAAUCAAACAGGGGUUAAAAGCC